AUGUUCCAAAAUGGCGCUAACAAAGGUGCGGCCAAGCGGGCUGCUUUUGGCGAUGUCAGCAACACGGCUAAACCAAUUCACGCGGGUCGCGAUGAUAUCUCCCUGGCGGGCAAGAAACAGACCAAAGGGGCAGAGAAGGCGGCGUUGAUCGUCGAGAAGAAGCCCAGUCUGGCGCAGCCAGCUCAGCGGCCCAUGUCGAUGGCUGGCAUGAAAGGCCUCUUGAGCAAUGUGCCCAACGCCAAACCCAUCGAGCCUUCCAAGCAAAUUGCCAUGCAGCAGCAAACUGCAAAUACUAGAAAGAUCUUAAACAAGAGGGCUACAGUAUUCAAGGACGCGUCGGAACCGUCGAACAACAAAUGCGAAAUUACAUCCAAGGAAACCAACACCGAACUAGAGGAAGGGGACAACAAGGCAUCCCUUGCACAGGCGUCCGCAGCUGCGAAGCGGACCACUACGAAGGAGGCAGCUACACACGAAGAGGCGAAGCCAGUUCUGGAAGACACCGAAGAGAAUUCCAUUGUGGACUCUGAAGUUGAUGAGGCAGAGAAAGCUUUACUAGAGGCUGACGAUGAUCAUUGCAAAGUCCAAGAUCAUAGCGAGGAUCCCAAGCCCCGCGAGCUCCCCGCUGCGCCCGAGGUCCCUGAAUCUCACCGCGUCGCGAAGGCUCAUCGUGACUCUGCCUCGACCUCGCAUGCACCGGCCCAGUCGGAGCCGGAAGAUUGGGAUGAAGAGGACGAGCACGAGGAGGAAGAUGGGUAUAUCACUGCUCGCUCCUACCGCUCUCGCGGCGAAAAUACCACUGGGGGUGCCACCACAGUGCUGUUCCCCAAGUUCACCCAGCAAGUCCGACGCGAAUUAGCUCUUGCGGAGCAGGUCGUGGAGGCCACACGUACUGAGGAAGACAUUGAAGAUGAAUGGUACGAUACAAGCAUGGUUGCGGAAUACAGCGAGGAGAUCUUCGAAUACAUGAGAGAACAAGAGAUCAAGAUGCUGCCCAACGCUCACUACAUGGAUAACCAAGCAGAGAUCCAAUGGUCUAUGCGGUCUGUGCUUAUGGACUGGGUCGUGCAGGUCCACUAUCGGUUCUCUUUGCUUCCCGAGACCCUCUUUCUGUGUGUCAACUACAUCGACCGUUUCCUUUCUUGCAAGAUCGUGUCCCUUGGCAAACUUCAGCUCGUGGGUGCCACUGCCAUCUUCAUCGCUGCCAAAUAUGAGGAGAUCAACUGCCCGUCUGUGCAGGAGAUCGUCUACAUGGUAGAUGGGGGAUAUUCGAUGGAUGAGAUUCUCAAGGCUGAACGUUUCAUGUUGAGCAUGUUACAGUUCGAGCUGGGGUGGCCUGGCCCGAUGAGUUUCCUGCGAAGGAUUAGCAAGGCCGACGACUACGACUUGGAGACGCGCACGCUUGCCAAAUACUUCUUGGAGAUCACUGUCAUGGAUGAGCGGUUUGUCGGAAGCCCCGCGAGCUUCGUUGCCGCUGGCGCUCACUGCCUGGCUAGGCUCAUGCUGCGGAAGGGAACCUGGACUCCCGCCCACGCCCACUAUGCCGGAUACACUUACACGCAGCUUCUCCCACUCAUUUCUCUCAUGGUGGAAUGCUGCGAGAAUCCUCGCAAGCACCAUGGCUCUAUCUACGAAAAGUUUUCUGACAAACGCUACAAGCGCGCUUCUCUGUUCGUCGAGAACGAGAUGAGAAAGGGAUUCAUUAUCCCGGAGCAGACCAGAGAUAGCUCUCAUUCCGAUCGCAACGCAUCAAUUGAAUCAGCGCACUACUGGAAGCGCGCAUAG